CUGUGCACCUACAGCCUGUGCUCCACAGAGAGGCCACCACAAUGAGAAGCCUGCGCACCACAACGAAGAGCAGCCCCCGCUCGCUGCAACUAGAAGAAGGCCCGCAUGCAGCAACGAAGACCCAACACAGCCAAAAAUAAUUGACAUUCGAGAAAUCAAGGAGAUCCGCCCCGGGAAGACCUCACGGGACUUCGAUCGCUACCAAGAGGAUCCUGCUUUUCGACCGGACCAGUCACACUGCUUUGUCAUCCUGUAUGGAAUGGAAUUCCGCCUGAAGACCCUGAGCCUGCAAGCUACGUCUGAGGACGAAGUGAACAUGUGGAUCAAGGGCCUGACUUGGCUGAUGGAGGAUACGUUGCAGGCGGCCACACCCUUGCAGAUUGAGAGGUGGCUGCGGAAGCAGUUUUACUCAGUGGACCGGAAUCGUGAGGAUCGUAUAUCAGCCAAGGACCUGAAGAACAUGCUGUCCCAGGUCAACUACCGGGUCCCCAACAUGCGCUUCCUCCGAGAGCGGCUGACGGACCUGGAGCAGCGCACCAGCGAUAUCACCUACGGGCAGUUUGCUCAGCUGUACCGCAGCCUCAUGUACAGCGCCCAGAAGACGAUGGACCUCCCCUUCCUGGAAGCCAGUUCCCUGAGGGCGGGGGAGCGGCCGGAGCUCUGCCGGGUGUCCCUUCCUGAGUUCCAGCAGUUCCUCCUCGAGUACCAGGGGGAGCUGUGGGCUGUCGACCGGCUCCAGGUGCAGGAGUUCAUGCUCAGCUUCCUCCGAGACCCCUUGCGAGAGAUUGAGGAACCUUACUUCUUCCUGGACGAGUUCGUCACCUUCCUGUUCUCCAAGGAGAACAGCAUAUGGAACUCGCAGCUGGACGCCGUGUGCCCCGACACCAUGAACAACCCCCUGUCCCACUACUGGAUCUCCUCCUCGCACAACACAUACCUGACCGGGGACCAGUUUUCCAGCGAGUCCUCCCUGGAAGCCUACGCCCGCUGCUUGCGGAUGGGCUGCCGCUGCAUUGAGUUGGACUGCUGGGACGGUCCAGACGGGAUGCCAGUCAUUUACCACGGACACACCCUGACCACCAAGAUCAAGUUCUCAGACGUCCUGCACACCAUCAAGGAGCACGCCUUUGUGGCCUCAGAGUACCCGGUCAUCUUGUCCAUCGAGGACCAUUGCAGCAUCGCCCAGCAGAGGAACAUGGCCCAGUACUUCAAGAAGGUGCUCGGGGACACACUCCUCACCAAGCCCGUGGACAUCGCUGCUGACGGGCUCCCCUCACCCAGCCAGCUCAAGAGGAAGAUCCUCAUCAAGCACAAGAAGCUGGCUGAGGGCAGUGCCUAUGAAGAGGUGCCUACAUCCGUGAUGUACUCUGAGAACGACAUCAGCAACUCCAUCAAGAAUGGUAUCCUCUACCUGGAGGACCCCGUGAAUCACGAGUGGUAUCCCCACUACUUCGUUCUGACCAGUAGCAAGAUCUACUACUCCGAGGAGACCAGCAGUGACCAGGGCAACGAGGAUGAGGAGGAGCCCAAGGAGGCCAGUGGCAGCACAGAGCUGCACUCCAACGAGAAGUGGUUUCACGGGAAGCUCGGGGCGGGACGGGACGGGCGGCACAUCGCCGAGCGCCUGCUCACGGAGUACUGCAUCGAGACCGGGGCCCCCGACGGCUCCUUCCUCGUGCGCGAGAGCGAGACCUUCGUGGGCGACUACACCCUCUCCUUCUGGCGGAACGGCAAAGUCCAGCACUGCCGGAUCCACUCCCGGCAGGACGCAGGGACCCCCAAGUUCUUCCUGACAGACAACCUCGUCUUCGACUCACUCUAUGACCUCAUCACACACUACCAGCAGGUGCCCCUGCGCUGCAACGAAUUUGAGAUGCGCCUCUCAGAGCCCGUCCCGCAGACCAACGCCCAUGAGAGCAAAGAGUGGUACCACGCGAGCCUGACCAGAGCGCAGGCCGAGCACAUGCUGAUGCGCGUCCCCCGGGACGGGGCCUUCCUGGUGCGGAAACGGAAUGAGCCCAACUCCUACGCCAUCUCCUUCCGGGCUGAGGGCAAGAUCAAGCACUGCCGCGUCCAGCAGGAGGGCCAGACCGUGAUGCUGGGCAACUCAGAGUUUGACAGCCUCGUGGACCUCGUCAGCUACUACGAGAAGCACCCCCUGUACCGCAAGAUGAAGCUACGCUAUCCCAUCAACGAGGAGGCGCUGGAGAAGAUCGGCACAGCGGAGCCCGACUACGGGGCCCUGUAUGAGGGCCGCAACCCCGGCUUCUACGUGGAGGCGAACCCCAUGCCGACUUUCAAGUGCGCCGUCAAAGCUCUCUUCGACUACAAGGCCCAGAGAGAGGACGAGCUGACUUUCACCAAGAGCGCCAUCAUCCAGAACGUGGAGAAGCAGGAAGGAGGCUGGUGGCGUGGUGACUAUGGUGGGAAGAAGCAGCUGUGGUUCCCGUCGAACUACGUGGAAGAGAUGGUCAGCCCUGCGGCCCUGGAGCCUGAGAGGGAGCACUUGGACGAGAACAGCCCCCUGGGGGACUUGCUGCGGGGGGUCUUGGAUGUGCCGGCUUGUCAGAUAGCCAUCCGUCCUGAGGGCAAGAACAACCGGCUCUUCGUCUUCUCCAUCAGCAUGGCGUCGGUGGCACACUGGUCCCUAGAUGUGGCUGCCGACUCACAGGAGGAGCUGCAGGACUGGGUGAAAAAGAUCCGGGAAGUGGCCCAGACCGCGGAUGCCAGGCUCACUGAGGGGAAGAUGAUGGAGCGGAGGAAGAAGAUCGCCCUGGAGCUCUCCGAGCUUGUCGUCUACUGCCGGCCUGUUCCCUUCGACGAAGAGAAGAUCGGCACAGAACGCGCCUGCUACCGGGACAUGUCAUCCUUCCCGGAAACCAAGGCUGAGAAGUACGUGAACAAGGCCAAAGGCAAAAAGUUCCUCCAGUACAACCGGCUGCAGCUCUCCCGCAUCUACCCCAAGGGCCAGCGGCUGGACUCCUCCAAUUACGACCCCUUGCCCAUGUGGAUCUGUGGCAGUCAGCUGGUGGCCCUCAACUUCCAGACCCCAGACAAGCCUAUGCAGAUGAACCAGGCCCUCUUCCUGGCCGGCGGGCACUGUGGCUACGUGCUGCAGCCGAGCAUCAUGCGCGAUGAGGCCUUCGACCCCUUUGACAAGAGCAGCCUCCGCGGGCUGGAGCCGUGUGCCAUCUGCAUCGAGGUGCUGGGGGCCCGGCAUCUGCCGAAGAAUGGCCGAGGUAUCGUGUGUCCUUUCGUGGAGCUUGAGGUGGCCGGUGCUGAGUAUGACAGCACCAAGCAGAAGACGGAGUUUGUGGUGGACAAUGGACUGAACCCCAUGUGGCCAGCCAAGCCCUUCCACUUCCAGAUCAGUAACCCCGAAUUCGCCUUCCUGCGCUUUGUGGUGUAUGAGGAAGACAUGUUUAGUGACCAGAACUUCCUGGCUCAGGCUACCUUCCCUGUGAAGGGCCUGAAGACAGGAUACAGAGCAGUGCCUUUGAAGAACAACUAUAGCGAGGACCUGGAGUUGGCCUCCCUGCUCGUCAAGGUCGACGUUUACCCUGCCAAGGAGAACGGUGACCUCAGUCCCUUUGGGGGUGCGUCCCUGCGGGAGCGGGGCUGCGACGCCUCGGGCCAGCUGUUUCAUGGCCGGGCCCGGGAAGGCUCCUUCGAAGCUCGCUACCAGCAGCCGUUUGAGGACUUCCGCAUUUCCCAGGAGCAUCUCGCCGACCAUUUUGACAGUCGGGAACGAAGGUGAGGGGGUGGAGGCGAGGU